AUGGAACAUCAGAAGCCUGCAGGAGAGUUACAACCCCUAGAUAUCCCUGAGUGGAAAUGGGAUAGCGUAUCUAUGGAUUUCAUAGUAGGAUUACCGAUGACAGCGGGUAAACAUGAUGCGAUGUGGGUUAUAGUAGACCGUCUGACUAAGUCCGUGCACUUUCUUGCUAUGAAUGUCAAAGAUUCUCCCGAAAAGUUAGGAGGCUUUACAUCAAGGAGGUUGUUAGGCUGCAUGAAAUACCAUCCAGACCUGAUACAUGUCAUAAGUUAUGAUGACAUUGUGCUCCGAGACAACCUGUUUUUUGAGGUUAGACCAGAGCGAAUCAUUGAUCAAAAGAUCAAGCAGCUAAGGAACAAGCAGAUUUCACUGGUCAAGGUGGUUUGGAAGGGUCUUUCCCCUAAAGAAGCCACAUGGGAGAUGGAGAUCGAGAUGAAGGAAAAGUACCCUGAACUUUUCUAUUAA